AUGUGGCUAUCGUUUGAUUUUCUGGCACGUUAUAAAAUCAACAAUGGUAAUGAUGCUGCAUUAUGGCUCGAAUGCUUCUAUUUAUUAACUGAUGACGGUAAAAGAAUGGAUCAUGUUGAUGAUCGUCUACGAGUUCGCCUUAUUAUACAGUUAAUUAGUGAAAUUUUGACAGGCUGGAUGAAUCAAAAUCUUCAAGCUGAUCAAACAUUAAAAGAAUGCUUGACAAAUAAUUGCCGUUUACGAAACGAUGAGUUAAAUGCGAUUCUGGAGUAUAUGUUUCGUUAUUUAAAUCCUGAUGGUGAUGAUGCUACAAUUGCCAAGAGUUGUUUAAAAACAGCAGCCAUUAAUAAGUCCAUUGGUAUUUUAACUUGCAUUGUUGAUCAUCAUGUUUUAAAUACAGGAUUAAUUCAUUAUUUUAUUCAAAAUGUUGUUGAUUUACAUGACAAUUAUAGAUUUGUACAUGGCAUAAAUACGGAAUUAUUGCAAUUAAUUACAAAUCAUUUAGCUAAAGCUGCAUGGCAUAUGAUGUCAGCCGUUUCUGUUCUUUGCGGAAUUAUUGUCGAAAGGUUAGAAGCUCCGAUUAGUAAAGAUAUUGAUCCAUUGUCAACACUAUUACUUGUUUUAACACAAAUAUUAAUUGAUAAUCUGCAGCAUCGUUCAAAAGCUCAACAUCAUGUACAAGUCUCACAUGAUGAUAUAAUACAUCGAAAAUGUUAUUUAAACAGAAUUCAACAAUUGCCAUUAUGUUGGUUAACAAUGCUUCAUCAAAUAUUAAUCAAACGUCAAAACGUUAAUAUAAUAUUAAUAAAUUUUCAACAAUUUAUAAAUCUAAUUAAUGAUCAAACUUAUUCUUGCGCAUUAGAUUUAUUUGAUAUGACUAUAUGGAAAAUGAUGGAUCAAAUUAUGAAAAUCUGUCAUCAAUAUUUAAUUGUCGAUCAAAAGAGUACACCAACAACGCGACCUAUUUAUGAUAAAUGUAUGAAUGGUUUUGAAGAAUUAACAAGUAGACUAUGCUGUUUACCACAUACAAUGGUAACAUAUUUAUUCGAUAUCAAACGUUUAACAUCAUUAACAAAAACACCAAUUCGUGUACAAAUGAUUAAGCAAUCAUGCGAGAAACUUCUACAUGUUAUUCGACCCAACAAUCCUGAAUGGUCACUUGCAUUACGAGAACUUGUUGAAUAUAUUAUUUCAAAUGCUAAAGAAACUGUUCCAACACGUAUGCAUGUAUUAACAACGGUGUUGAAUAAGUAUUUAUGGUUUAAAAUGACCGAUCAGGUGACGAAUAUCGGUGAAAUCAUACUUGAAACAUUAGAAAAUUUAAUUUAUAUUGAUUUAAAUUCGAUAUCUGAAAAUGACUUUGAUAGUAAACAUGCACUUAUGAAACAAGCUGCGGUGAAAUCAAUCUUCGAAUGUUUUCUAUCUGAUCAUUCAAUUGAUGCACAUCUUGCUAGUCAUUGUUAUAAAAUCAUUACACAGAUUUAUCAACAAGAUUGUGUACAUAUUGCAUCAAUUGAAUCAAUUCAUCGGCCAUUAAUUGAACUUAUUCUCGAACAGAUGCAUGAACUUUUCGAAAAUAAUCUAACAUGCACACGUUUAAUGUCAUUUAAUCAUUGUUCUUCAAUAUUAAAUUUUUUCAUUAAGGAAUAUUUUUCAAACUAUUCAAAAAUAGUAACUUGUAUCCAAGUGAAAACACGUAAUCUUAUAUGGCAAUUACUAUUGAAUAUUCGUAUACGUUCAUCGGAUUCACGUAUUGGAAUGUAUUCAAGUAAAAAGGAUACGAUUCUAUAUGGCAGAUAUCGAAUUAAUAGCGAUCAAAAGCCAAAUGAGAAUGAAUAUUUCCUGGAUCUUCAGGAUUAUUUAUUAAAUAUAGUCAAUUGGUUAAAAGUUGAAUCACCUGAAGUAACAAAUGUAAUAUUAGAAUCUUUGUGCAAUUUUCUUAAAGAACAGUCAAUCGUUGAUUUAAGUCAUAUAAAUAUUGAUCAAUUAGUACCAUUAUUGAUCAAUAUGUUUCAUGAUGAUUUGAUUAAUAAAACUUCAUCAUUAUCAUUAAACUGUUUAAUAAUUUGUACCGGUUAUAAAAAUCAAAUCUCAAAAAUCAAUCUUGUAAUUGAUUGUUUUAUCGAAGCAAUGAAUUCUUCAAAAUCUUCCAUUAUUAUUGAUGCCAUACAAGCUUUUAUUAUAUGUUUAUCUAAUCUUUAUGACGAAAUAAAAGUAUAUAUUCCAAGAAUUAUUUUAUAUUUAAGUAAAAAGUUAAAUUAUGAUGUUUAUAUAUCCCAAAUCCUUCUUGAAUUUUUAAUGCAACUGUUAUUUGAAAAUUACUGUGACACAUCAUUAACAAUUUACUGCUUUCAAAUCUUAAUUGAUAUUAUAAAUCACUAUCAAUAUCAAACAGCUCACAAUCUCAUCUUAUCUCAUACGUUGUUAUGCUUUUAUUUUAAUCAAUUACCAAUGAAUGAACGUAAAUUAUUUUCUUAUUAUAUUCUACGAUCAUUAUAUGAAACACCAUUUUCUGUUGGUCAAAAUUCAAACUUAAUCGAAAGGCAAACACGUUUACAACGUUCAGGUUCAUUAUCAUCAUUAAACGAUGAUAUGCAUAAUAAUGAUCUUGCGAGACGUAAAAUGACAAUACUAGAAACGGCACCACCAUCACAAAUCAAUAGUAAUGAUGACAAUAAUAGUCCAUUGAAAAAAUUAAAUGAUGAACUAAUACGUAUCGCAAUAAAUUAUCUAAAUGAUCACUUACAUGAAUUCGUUAUUCCAAAUACAACUUUAGUUUUAUUACCGCGUGAUGUACGUCGUCAUCAUUUAAAUAAUAGCUGGUUAGCUAAUGAAAAUAUUCUCUAUGAAAUAAAAUCAUAUGAGUUUCAUCCAUUAAAUCAAUCAAAAGAUUUUUCAAUGAAUCUAACACAUGACUAUGAAGAUACAGUGAAAAAUCGUUAUCGACGUUACACAGAUGGAAAUAAACAACGCGUUAGAAAAAACAAAGAUUUACAAAUUCUAACAUCGUGUCAAGAUGAUCUUCAUAUUCGACCAUUAGAAUUAGAUACCAAUCGAUCAUUGUUUAAUGACAGAAAUUUAUGGAUCGCUGUUACAGUUCGUUCAUUUACAAGUACAAAAACAUUUUUGACUAUUAAUUUAUCAGCAUCACCUGGAAUCGUUUAUACCAAAAAUGAACAACUUCAUUGGUUUGAGGCGGUUAAAUUAAAGGAUACAGCUGCAGAUAAAUUAAACCUAAUUAAAACUGUGCCCAAUUAUUGGCAAUACGAACAGAAUAAUUAUUCAAUCAAUAAAACUGCCUUAAACGAUGAAUUUCAUUCAAUGAUUACUAGUAUCGAUCGAAAAGAUGAAGAAAAUAUGUUAAAUCGACAUAAUGAAAGCUAUUUUCCUCAAAACAUUCUUCGUGUACCAUCCGAAGCUCGAAAGUCAAUUGAAUCAAUCGAUAAUAUCGAACCAGUACGUGUAGCAAAGAUUGGUGUUGUCUAUAUUCAUCCAGGACAGGAAAUAACUGGAGUAAAUAUUUUGUCAAAUAUUCAAACAUCACAACGGUACAAACAAUUUAUGCUAUCAAUAGCUAAAUUGAAAUCAAUACAAGAUUUACAGCAAGAGAAUUUUUAUUGUCCAUUGUUGGAUGCUAAUAAUGCGGAUAAUUGUGGUCAAUAUGCUUAUAUUUGGCAAAAUUCAAUCUAUCAAGUUUUAUUUCAUACAUCGAGUAUGAUGCCAAACACACGAUGGGAUCAUGAAUUCAAAAAGAAAUUAAUUGGCAAUGAUUAUGUUAUUAUUUCAUAUAAUGAAAGCGAUUAUCCAUUUGAAAUGCAAACAAUUAAAAGUGGAGUAUGUCAAUAUGCUAUUGAAGUUUGUCCACAAAAAAAUUCAAAUUAUACUCGUGUUCGACUCAAACGACGAACUCCAACCACUACAACACAAAAUGCUUCAACAACGAAUACAAUAUCAUCAAAUAACAUCGAUUAUUUACUAUCAGAUGAUUAUGUUGCAUCAUAUGUUCGCGUAUUGGCAUUGUGCUUAUGCCAACAAGGUGAACUGGAAGCUCGUCAACGCUCGUCAUCACCUACGCCUUUUGUCAUAUCACCAUGGCAAAAUCGUCUUCAAGCACUGCGAUCAUUACGUACUCGUUGUUUUCUUUCAUAUAGUAAUCGACAAUCGAUUAAUUAA